AUGGGAAACAUUCAUACAGCACAGUGUGUUCCAGCAUCAGGACAAGAUGCCAACAAUAAUAUUCCUAGUCUAAUGAAACGUACAUGCCAACGCAUGAGUUUGAGACGUGAAAAAUUGCCUACUCCUCUACAGUCAAAGAAACCCCAGAAGCCAAGUAAAAAAAGAAUCGUUUUGAAAGCCAUGCCAAGAUGUUCUUCCUUUGAAGAUUUAUCAUCUCUAUUGCCUUCUACGAAAAGAAUCGACAAUGAUCCAACCUAUUUGCUGUGGAAGAAGUCAUUCGAGUGUCCCCGGGACAAACCUGAAACAGUUAAACAGACCCAUUUGAGACGCAUGAGGAAAAGAGUUCACGACAUGACCUCUGCCGUUAGCGGUCACAUUACACCAAAAGGAUUUCCAUCAUACUCUAAUUUAAAGCCAGUCCGUAAGGAAAUACCAACUCAACCCAGUGAUUUCAAGCAUAAACAAUAUAAAAAGAAACCCUUGGAACUGCCUUUGCUAGAUGAGUGUCCACAUGUUGAUCGCAAAAUGCCAGCCAACUGCAAAACUGAAUUACCAUUCCAAAAUAUGCCCCAUCAACGAUCACCAGCAGUCGUAAUGGCCAAUAACAUUCCAUUCACCAAUUCGAACACACCCACACAACCGAAAUACACGUUGGCACCCUUAAACCUGCUUUCCAAGUUGUCACAAAACAAACAAGCGAUAAUUAUCGAACAACUUUUCCGUGACAUAAAAAAUUUGGAAUCAUACUACGACACCAAAAUGGAUUCCUUUAUAUUUUAG